UCAGGAGAAAAAUCUUAUAAAUGUAAAGACUGUGAUAAGGCUUUCAUCCAACGUUCACAACUUUGGGGUCACGAGAGAACUCACACUGGAGAGAAACCUUACAAAUGUAAUGAGUGUGGCAGAGCUUUUACCCAAUUUUCACGCCUUACUAGGCAUCAGAAAAUGCAUGCUGGGGAGAAACCACACAAAUGUAAUGUGUGCGGCAAGGCUUUUAUUGAACUUUCACAACUUUGGGGUCAUGAGAGAAUUCAUACUGGUGAGAAACCACACAAAUGUAACGUGUGUGGCAAGGGAUUUACCCAACGUUCAAGCCUUAUGGCACAUCAGAGAAUUCAUACAGGAGAAAAAUCUUAUAAAUGUAAAGACUGUGAUAAGGCUUUCAUCCAACGUUCACAACUUUGGGGUCACGAGAGAACUCACACUGGAGAGAAACCUUACAAAUGUAAUGAGUGUGGCAGAGCUUUUACCCAAUUUUCACGCCUUACUAGGCAUCAGAAAAUGCAUGCUGGGGAGAAACCACACAAAUGUAAUGUGUGCGGCAAGGCUUUUAUUGAACUUUCACAACUUUGGGGUCAUGAGAGAAUUCAUACUGGUGAGAAACCACACAAAUGUAACGUGUGUGGCAAGGGAUUUACCCAACGUUCAAGCCUUAUGGCACAUCAGAGAAUUCAUACAGGAGAAAAAUCUUAUAAAUGUAAAGACUGUGAUAAGGCUUUCAUCCAACGUUCACAACUUUGGGGUCACGAGAGAACUCACACUGGAGAGAAACCUUACAAAUGUAAUGAGUGUGGCAGAGCUUUUACCCAAUUUUCACGCCUUACUAGGCAUCAGAAAAUGCAUGCUGGGGAGAAACCACACAAAUGUAAUGUGUGCGGCAAGGCUUUUAUUGAACUUUCACAACUUUGGGGUCAUGAGAGAAUUCAUACUGGUGAGAAACCACACAAAUGUAACGUGUGUGGCAAGGGAUUUACCCAACGUUCAAGCCUUAUGGCACAUCAGAGAAUUCAUACAGGAGAAAAAUCUUAUAAAUGUAAAGACUGUGAUAAGGCUUUCAUCCAACGUUCACAACUUUGGGGUCACGAGAGAACUCACACUGGAGAGAAACCUUACAAAUGUAAUCAGUGUGGCAAAGCUUAUACCCAAUUUGCAAGCCUUACUAGGCAUCAGAAAAUACAUACUGAAAACAAACAUAAACCCAACAUAUGUGGCAAUGCUUUUAUUCAGAGCUCAGGCUUUGGGGAUCAUCAGACAGUUCACAGCAAAAAGAAACCUUAAAAGGUAAUGAUUGACACAUAACUUGUGCAAGGAUCCAAGCCUUACUCAGGCUGAGAGACUCCCAUCAUGGAAAAGGAAGACAUACAGAUGGCCAACAGGUGCGUGAAAAUAGGCACAUCCCUAAUCAUCAGGGAAAUUCAAAUCAAAACCACAGUGAGCUACCACCUCACAUCUCAGAAUGGCUGUCAUCAAAAAGACAACAAAUCACAAGUGUUGGUGAAAAUGAGGAGAAAAGGGAACCCUUGUGCACUGUUGGUAGGAUUGUAAAUUGGUGCAGCUACUAUGGAAAACUAUGUGGUGGGUCCUCAAAAAAUUAAAAAUAGAACUGCCAUAUGAUCCAGCAAUUGCUCAUCUGGGUAUUUACCUAGGGAAAACAAAAAUACUAAUUCAAAAAAAUAUAUGUACUUUGUUGUUUGUUGUAUCAUUAUUUAUAAUAGCCAAGUUAAGAAAGCCACCUCAAUGUCCACUGAUAGGUGAUUGGAUAAAGAAAAUGUGAUACAUAUAUACACAUACAUACAAACACACACGCAAUGGAAUAUUAGCCAUGAAAAAAUGAAGUCUUAGUAUUUGUAACAACAUGGAUAGCUCUGCAGGGUAUUUUGCUAGGUGAAAUGUCAGAGAAUGGCGUAGCACAUGACUUCACUUAUAUGUGGAAUUUAAAAAACAAAAUACAAGGAAAAUAGACUCAUACAUAGAACAAAUAAAUGGUUGCCAGAAGGUAAGAGGGAGGGUUCAAGGUGUGUGUGAAACAGGAGAAAGGCUUUAAGAAGUACAAAUCUGAAGUUACAUAAUAAAGCACGGGGGUGUAAGGAAUAUAGUCAGUAGUAAUAACUGUAUGGAGACAGAUGGCUACUAGACUUACCGAAGUGAUUAUUUCAUAAUGUAUGCAAUCGUUAAACCAUUAUGUAGUACACCUGAAACAAAAUAUUGUAUAUCAACUGUGUUUCAGUGAAGGGAAAAAAAGACUCCAUCAUGGAGAGAGACGGUGUAAAACCAAUGUGUAUGGCAAAGCCUGUAGCCAGGACUCAUACCUCACUUGAUAUCAGAUUAUACAUCUUUGAGAAAAACUACACAAAUAUAUGGAGUGACAGAAUAUAAAUGUAAAACUGUUUUCUAAUUUACUGUGCUUUUGGGGGUCACAGCCCCUUCUCUGGAUUUGUUGAUAGGACUCAGGGCCUCUGUUGAUGAUUAUAGGAAGGGCCUACUCUACCAGCUGAUCAUGAAAGAGAGCAGGACAGGAUAUUGCGAGAAGGAGGUUUUCAUGUGAGUAGAAUGAUGGGUUACUAGAGAUGGCAUACGUGGGAGGAAAAAUGGGGGGGAACAAUGGUCUCCCUGUCUUUUGAAAGGGAAUGGCUGCUGUAUAUAUAAAAUAAUAAAAGUUAGUCUUAUUUUUGGAAACUGAAGACUGAAGACACAGUAUUAUAGAGGAGAGUAAUCAAAAGAACCAGAGUAGAGUGUGCUUGUGAAGGCUGCAGAUUUGGCCUCUGGAAUUGCAUUUUGACACCAUUUUAUUUAGAAUGUCUCAUACAUCCAAAUAAGUAACAUGUUGGGACUUCCCUGGCGGUCCAGUGGUUAAGACACUGCAGGGGGCAUGGGUUC